UGCCCCCGUCUCUCUCCCCAAAACGGGGGCAGCCCCUUCCCCCCUCACCGAGCCCAGGCCUCCGUGCCAUUACUCCUCCACGACGCCAGCGCCCACCUCCGUCGCCCAGCUAAAAAUCCCCCGUUCCUCAACACCCGUUUCCGUUUGUCCUUACAUGGCCGGUGCUAGACGUCGUAGCAGUCCUCGCCCCCGCUCGCGCAUUCCGAAUUCCCGCUUCCUUCUCCCCAGAUCGCCGCGUCUCCACUAGAGCUGAGCCGAUCGAUGGAUCACGAGCAGCGGCGCCAGCGGCAGCAGCGCAGUCCCAGGGGCAAUGCUCCUGGGAGCGGCGGCGGCAGCGCCUCGUCGGGGAAGCACAAGGGGGCCGGCGGCAAGGGCGGGGGCAAGAAGCCGAUCAAGGUGUUGUACAUCUCCAACCCCAUGCGCGUCAAGACCAGCGCUGCCGGCUUCCGCGCCCUCGUGCAGGAGCUCACCGGCCGCGACGCCGACCCCUCCAAGUACAGCCCCGACGAGCUCGCCGGCGUGGGUGGCGCGGGCGCCGAGAACCCCACCGCGGCCGCUGACAUCGACUGCGGCGCCGCGCAUGGGUUCAGCCCCGGGGGCGCGGCCGCGUCGUGCGACACCGUUGUUGCCAGCCCCAGCCCUGCCGCGGCGGACCACCAUCCCGACGACGCCUCCGCCGUGGCCGCGCCGUACGGCGGGGACUACGACGACGACGAGGAGGACGAGGACGGCUUCGGGUCGUCGGAGCUGCUGGAGCACAACUACGCGGUGUUCUCGCCGCCGACGCUGCUCUACGACCACCACCCGCACAGCAAGUUCCCAUUCUGCUAACGGCAGCAGCGAGGUCCGUGCCUUUGAACUUUUACUACACAAUACUGGAAUGAACCCGUAGGUGAAAAUUGGUAGCAUAAGUCAUGUGUGUUGGGUGUAGUUGGUGGUGCAUGUGCACCUUAUCUAUCUAUGUAGUAACUAUUUAUUCCUAAAUUAUCCUUGCUUGUCUCUGUAUGUACCCCAAACUGCUAUAUACGUGUAGUUAAUGAGAAAGGGAUCAUUUGGGCCAACAAAUAUACGAGGGUUCUGGUCUGCAA